CCCACAGUCGCUCGCCACAAGCGUUCGUACCCGCCGCCGCCUCCUCCUCAAUCUCCGGGAACCUAAACCUCGACAGUACCCUACCCUCCAAGCUCCCUCCACCGCCACCGCCACCGCCACCGCCACCGCAAGGCUCUCCCGCCUCGCGCCGUGCACGGGAACAAUAAGAUGGUAGGGCUCUCGGAGGGGGAGAAGCACUUCAUCUGCGGCGGCAUCGCGCAGGACCUCCGGGCCGACGGCCGUACGCGACUGCAGUUCCGGGCCCUCACUGUCGAGACCGGGAUCAUCCCUCAGGCCAACGGCUCGGCGCGUGUUAGGAUGGGCGCGACCGAAGUCAUCGCCAGCGUCAAGGCCGAGUUGGGGAAACCAACCAUUCUUCAUCCUGACAAAGGAAAAGUUUCCAUUUAUGUUGAUUGUAGUCCAACUGCUGCGCCUAUGUUUGAGGGUAGAGGUUCGGAAGAAUUGUCUGCUGAGCUCUCUGUUGCGCUGCAAAGAUGUUUACUGGGUGGUAAAAGUGGGGCAGGGGCUGCAAUCGAUUUAUCAUCUCUGAUUGUUGUUGAGGGAAAAGCCUGCUGGGAUCUGUACAUUGAUGGACUUGUGGUCAGUUCUGAUGGUAAUUUGCUUGAUGCACUGGCGGCUGCGAUAAAGGUAGCUUUGAGUGAUACAGGUAUACCAAAAGUUAAUGUUUCUCUUAAUGCUGAAAUGGAUGGGGAGCCUGAGGUUGAUAUCAGUGAUGAAGAAUUUUUGCAAUUUGACACUUCUGGCGUGCCUGUUAUAAUUACAUUGACCAAGGUUGGUAAGCACUACAUUGUUGAUGCCACCUCGGAGGAGGAAUCCCAGAUGAGUUCUGCGGUUUCCGUUUCGGUCAACAGCCAUGGCCAGAUAUGCGGGUUAACCAAAAGAGGAGGUGCAGGGUUGGAUCCAAGCGUCAUUUUUGAUAUGAUAUCCGUGGCCAAGAAUGUAAGCCAACGGUUCUACACUCUGUUGGAAUCAGAAAUCGCAGCUGCUGAAGCAGCAGCGGACGAGUAGAGAGAAAGAAGCAUAGAAGAUAUCCUGAUCACGCUGACUGCCGUAGUUGACAUUGCUAAUGCCUCAGAAGAAUGUACUAUCUUGGUGCUGCAAUUGCCAAUGUUUUGCACUAGCUUUUGGUUUUGGUGUUAUGUUGUGUCGAGUGCCAUACGUUGGUGAGAUGUUUUGCUGUAUAUUUAAUUUGGUGUUAGCUGUUUGGAGUUUGGAUUAGAACUAAGCAUGAAACUCUAAUGGUUACUAGUA